AUGGGGUCAUUUGAGAAGAUGGAGUGGAGCAGGCUUAUAUGCAAUAACAAGGCUAGUCCCAAAAGUAAAUUUACACUCUGGAUGGCAUUGCAGAACAGACUUCCUACAGCAGAUAGGCUUAGUAAAUGGAACAUUCCUUGCUCUAUUAGAUGUAAAUUAUGUGAAGCUGAAGAUGAAUCCAUUCAGCACUUGUUUGUCACCUGUGAUUAUGCUACAACAAUCUGGAAGGCAAUUCAUAGCAAAAUGCAUUGGGAAUACCAAGCUUGUUCUUUUUGUGAAGAGGUUAGGAAGGCCAGAAUCAAAGCUCGUGGGCAAAGCUGUCAAGCUAGGCUCUAUGUUAGGCUAUUUACAGAGGCUGUUUAUGCAAUAUGGCUUCAAAGGAACAAUAAAGUGUUUAAUGAUGCUGUAGUUCCUGCUACUGAAUUAGUUAAAGAGAUUGUAUUUAGGACUGCCUAUAUUUGUCCUGAGAAAGAAAGAACUAUGCUAGUUGAUUAG